GUGGGCCACGGCAGGGCGUCAUCAUCGCCCUCAUAAUUGGCACGGCCAUUCGGCGCCUGACAUGCAAAACGGACCGCUGUUGAACUCCAUCGCCCUGCGACGUUCUUUUCCCUCGAACUGCGGCUUCGUGAGGGACUCGUCUCAGCACGUGCAUCGAUGUCGAGCAGCUCCUAUGACUCGACCGAAAGCCAGUCGCAAAGAGCGGAUGUCAACUACCUGCGCCACAUUUUCUACAAUGUCGACAAGGACAGAAGUGGUCGCGUAGACGCCGUCGAGCUGCAGCAAUGUCUGUCCAACGGCAGCUGGAAGCCCUUCAACCCCCAAACGGUGCGCAUGAUGAUAAACAUGUUCGACCGCAGCCGUGUGGGCACGGUGAGCUUCGACGAGUUCGUGUCUCUGUGGAAGUACAUCGACGACUGGCUCCGGUGCUUCCAAGACUUCGACAAGGACCGCUCGGGCUCCAUCGACAGGAAUGAACUUCGCGACGCGCUCACCAGCUUCGGCUACCGUCUGAGCGGAGAGGCAGUGGAUCUUCUGCUCAUGAAGUACGACCGCGAAAGAAGAGGAUCAAUUAACUUCGAUGACUACAUCCUGUGUUGCAUUACUCUGCAGACCCUCACGAAUGCCUUCAAUAGCUACGACACCGAUCGGGACGGUUUUAUCACGAUCAGCUAUGAAGAUUUCUUAAAGCUUGGCCUUAGCGUUUUAGUGUCAUGAACUUGAAUUGAUCUCGUUCAUUGAGCUUUGUUCAAAAUUCUCACCUGAUCUGUGACGAUAAGUUGUUUUUCCCAUGGAUUUUGUUGCCAUACAAUAUUUGGUCCCAUGAUUGUAUAAUAAGCUAACCUACCUGCUGCCGUUUAUUAAUCUGCCGUCCAGCGGUACCAGAAUUUUUCAUUGCACCUCAAAUAGUACUUCUACGAGGACUUAAUCUAGAGGACGUCAUAAUUACUUUCCAAAUAGUACUUCCGCUUAGAGCUGCAUAGUACACCUGUCCUUAAAAUUAAAAUUUGUAUGGCUCCAAACUAAA